AUAAGGCCUCUGAUCACUCAGCACUCCUUAGUUGUCCUCCUGAUCCUGACUCACUCUGAGUAAAAUCAGCAGGGACAUCUGACCAUGAGAUGGGGGUUGGGAAAUUGCCCAUGUCCUUCAGAGCGGACAAAGAUGAGACUUGAGACCAGUAUGGCACAUCACAUUCCUUCCCCAAGUAUCUCUUGCUCUCCUGGAAUAAAAGGAAUUAGGGAUGGGGAAAUUUAAACUAUGCAGGUCUGGACUUGGUUUCCCUCUAGGAUCAUGUGGUUCAUUACCAAAUCUUAAAACUUACAGGCAUAAACCUGUGUUCUUGAGGGUCUAUAUGCAAUCCAGCUAGAAACUGAAUCUAUCCUAUGUAUUUUCUGUUCCAAGAACCAUCUUUUCCUCUUCCUCCGCCUCUGUUUACGGAAGAAAAUGGAAUUUGGGGAUGUGGCUUAGGGACUGAACUAGACUCUUAUGAUCUGUCACAUGCCUGGAUGUUGGGGGAAUCAUUUAGAGAAGCUCAUAUGACUGGUCCUGGAUUGGGGAUUUUAAUAAUUGAAACAUAAUGUUCAGGCAUCCUACCAUCUGAGAGUUUUAGCAACAAAGAAGUCACAUGUGAGUUUGUCAGUGCUAUGCACUGAUUCAAGUGCUGUCAUUAAUAACGAGGAGGGCUGGUUUGGGUUACUUUCAGAACCAGCUUCAUCUGGGCGUUCUGGGCAUAUCCUUCCUCAAGAAAACCGUAUUAGGCUGGGAGAGGUAUUGACAACUUUUAGCCAACAAACUUACAACAUACAAAUGAUUUUUGAGCCUGUGGUUUCCAUUACACUUUUUUCUAGUCUUUCAUGUUUAUUCCUUCAUUCUUGCUGGAUGUCUGACCCUCAGGUCAGACAAAUUUGAAAACUGAGUUUUUGAAGUUGGAGAGAGAACAGGAAAAGGGCAGGAAAAGAUGUAGUCCCUAAUACCAUAAAUACUAUGUAAUAAAGAAAGAUGGAGAAGAUCAGGGCUGUGUCCUAUUAACCAUCAAAGUGAAGGUAAGCCCCAGCUUGAAUAAAUGUGUAUGGAAGUCUUUUUGCCCUCAAAGACAGUCAUGAGAAACUAAAUACCCAGCAACUUUCCACUUUGGUGCACAUACUUGACAUGCACACAAAACCACUGCGUAUCCGCCGCUUCCUUCCCUCUCCGACCCUGCUUCUCUCAGCAUUUCUUUCCCCGCCUCCCUCCCCUGUUCAAAUUUUCCAGCCAACAGCUGGAACUGACUUCCGCAAUCCUAAUGGAAUAAAUCCAGCACCCCUAGUCAUCCACCCACAUUAUCCACACUUCCCCGUCGAAAGGAGCCCGGAGCACAGAACCCCAUCAGCAGGUUAAGAACCAGCUGUCUGGGAAUAUGGCUCCAGCUGUUUCCUCAUCCCAAGCCAGGCUGUGAACCCCUUGGCACACAGAAGAACUUCCCCUAAUUAUCCCCUUUCCCAGGAUGUGGGGACUCAAGAUUCUACUGCUGCUGCCCACAGCGACCUUUGCUCUAUAUCCUGAGGCGAUACUGGACACACAAUGGGAGCUAUGGAAGAAGACCUAUGGGAAGCAGUAUAACGACAAGGUGGAUGAAAUCUCCCGGCGUUUAAUAUGGGAAAAAAAUUUGAAGCAUAUUUCCAUCCAUAAUCUUGAGGCCUCUCUUGGUGUCCACACAUAUGAACUGGCCAUGAACCACUUGGGGGACAUGACCAGUGAAGAGGUGGUUCAGAAGAUGACUGGACUCAAAGUACCCCCCUCUCGUUCCCGCAGCAAUGACACCCUCUAUAUCCCAGACUGGGAGAGCAGAGCCCCAGACUCCAUUGAUUAUCGAAAGAAAGGAUAUGUUACUCCUGUCAAAAACCAGGGUCAGUGUGGUUCCUGUUGGGCUUUUAGCUCUGUGGGUGCCCUGGAGGGCCAGCUCAAGAAGAAAACUGGCAAACUCUUAAAUCUGAGCCCCCAGAACCUUGUGGAUUGUGUUUCUGAGAAUGAUGGCUGCGGAGGGGGCUACAUGACCAAUGCCUUCCAGUAUGUGCAGAAAAACAGGGGCAUUGACUCUGAAGAUGCCUACCCGUAUGUGGGACAGGAUGAAAGUUGUAUGUACAACCCAACAGGCAAGGCAGCUAAGUGCAGAGGGUACAGAGAGAUCCCUGAGGGGAACGAGAAAGCCCUGAAGAGGGCAGUGGCCCGAGUGGGACCCAUCUCUGUGGCCAUUGAUGCAAGCCUGACCUCCUUCCAGUUUUACAGCAAAGGUGUGUACUACGAUGAAAACUGUAAUAGCGAUAAUCUGAACCAUGCGGUUUUGGCAGUGGGAUAUGGGAUCCAGAAAGGAAACAAGCACUGGAUAAUUAAAAACAGCUGGGGAGAAAACUGGGGAAACAAAGGCUAUAUCCUUAUGGCUCGGAAUAAGAACAACGCUUGUGGCAUUGCCAACCUGGCCAGUUUCCCCAAGAUGUGACUUCAACCAGCCAACCUCAUCCUGCUUUUCCAUUCCUUCUACGAUGGUGCAACAUACUGAUGUACUUUGGAAGGGAGUUGGUGUGCCUGUCUUGAAGCAGAUGUAGCAAUAUAGAGAUUGUCCAAUCAGUUUCCCGGUUUGUUUGUGCUUUGAGUGACACUCCUACUACUUUCCCUCCCUCCACCCAAGGCCUUUAUUUUUCAUUGUGGCCACAGUAGCAAUUUUCCUAACAAGUGUACCUUCCUCAGCUAAGAGAUAUGACCACAGCCUGCUCUGACUGUUGUCGUGGGGCUGAUGCUGUGCAAAUAGUCUGAGGCUAGAGAUCUUUAGAUAGAUUCUUAUUCACAGGGACUAGUUUGCUUUAACCAUCUAAAGGACUAAGGUGACCUGACGUCUCAGUCUCCAAAUUCACUUCUUCUGUAUCCAGAAGGUAGAAAUUUCUAUGUUUUCCACCCCAAUUCAUAAAUAUAUUCAUAAAUCUUUGGUACAAGUUUAUGUGAUAUUAGAAAUAUGCCUUCUUUGCAUUUUUAAAGUAAACCAAGUAUUUAUCUGUCUCUAAUUUAAUAAAUACCUAUUUAGUAAAUAUUCA